AGUUGUUGUCAGAAAAUCGUGCAGUGAACUUGUGAAAAAAAGUUAUAUCAAAUUUAAACGAAUAGCUGUUGUGCAAUAUUAUAGCUCAAUCGUUCCAACAAUUAAUACGCCAAUUGCAUCAGAUAAUUGUGAAUUGAACUAAACGUUAAAACAAAGCGGAAACACUAAACAGCUAAAAUGCCACGACGUGGAAGGUCAGCUUCUCCCCCACCGGCUCAGCGCAGAUCUGCUCCGGUUGCUGCGGCGGCGCCGCCCCGUCCGGCUCCUAGCCAGCCAAUGGUGCAGCAUGCACCGACCUCGGCCGUUGCAGCCCCGAUGGCUGCCCCCAGCCAGGGCCCUGGGCUAAUGGCCCAGAUGGCCGCCACCGCUGGUGGCGUUGCGAUUGGAUCCGCUGUUGGACACACCAUGGGUCAUGCGAUUACCGGCAUGUUCAGCGGAUCCGACUCGAAGGAAGCCGCUCCCGCUCCCGUUGGUCAGGCUGCUGCUCCGGUGCAGCAGUACCAGCCGGAAACGGGCAACGCUGGCGGACCGUGCGCCUGGGAGAUCAAGCAGUUCCUGUCCUGUGCCCAGGGUCAGGCCGAUCUAACCCUGUGCGAAGGGUUCAACGAGGCACUGAGGCAGUGCAAGAUGCAAAAUCACAUGUAAAAAAAUGGAGCGAUCGGUUCUCGAUCGAAGGCAGAAAGCACAGUGAUUUGGCCCCGCAGUAGUAAUGUCGAAUUCGGAGGAAGUGCUCCGAAAAAAAAACAAUAAAAUUGUGUAGUCUGUUAAUCUGUAGUGUUCGUUUUCAUGAUUUUAGUGAGUUUGCAAAAUGAGAAUAAAAGGCAAAUUGAAAUAGUGGCCAAAUUAUUCUGGGUUAUCCUUCAUAGGUGUACUAAAGUUUUUAUUUUUAAUCAUCCUUUAAACCUCAAUGAAUUGCAAUGACUAGAGUAGAGUUCUGUAUUUUAAUAUUUUUAAUUGAAAGCAAAUAAAUACUAGCGUAGAG